AUGAAAACUAUGCGCGUGUGUUACAAUCAAGCGAAGCGAAAUAGGAUUCAGAUUCUGCUUUUGAUAAUCUUCGUACUCGCUUUUACUGUUUGUAUAUAUUUGGGCAUACAGUCAAGAACAACUAUCGUCUACAUGGAAGAUGGAAAGUAUACCACUAAAGGGAUUUCAAAUGAUGUAUUUCAGUAUAUUAAGGAAGUCAAGAGUUACGAGGCGAGUUCGGAGGGUACGGUUCAAGCUUCAAAAUCAUCGAUUACGCGGCGCAUUUCGCCGAAUGAUCUUGGCGACAAAGUCACUCUACUUCAUGAACAAAAGCUUGAAAACGAAAUAAAGGAUGUCCCUCAUUCGCUGCCCGGAUUUUUAAACCACCAUAUAUGGGAGCAUGUGUGUGGCUAUCGCGUUGAGAGUUUACGUGAGUUCAUAUUAUUUCCACAGGCUCCUUCAAAACGUAGGACUUUAUCAAUGUCAUCCGCUCAACGCAGUGAUGAACACAACAAUUUUGGUGAGCAGAUAUUUGGACUUAUCUCACCUAACAUGACAGGCAAGUAUCAGUUUGCUAUUUCGUCGAGUGGAAAUUCCGAACUAUGGCUGAGCUCCGACGAGACAUCGGAGAACCUUCGGAAAAUUGCUUUUGUCACUUCGGACAAUCAUCUGGGUAGAAGCCAACCGGGAAACUUUUCAAAUACUCCGUCUCAAAUUUCAAGUGCAUGUUUCUUAACGAAAAACAAUAGAUAUCUUAUUAGCAUACUACAUAAACACAAUGUGGGCAGAGCUCAUCUGGACGUUGCUUGGCGUUUAUUCGGCAGAGAAGUAAAAUUUAAUGUAAUAUCAAGCUUAUUUCUUUGGGCUGUGGUUAAUGACAGUCACGUGACUGAUAAUACUGUACAGAUAAGCGAUUACCAAGAACAGUUGCAACGAUCACAUGUCAUGCACCCUCCGUUUGUUGAUUCUGAGCAGAUUAAGGACGUGUUGACCAGCUGCCAUUAUGAACCAAGUUAUUUAGUGAAACACAAGCUGAUUCGAUUUCAGGUUAGUGAUAUGACAGACUCUGGGAGUGUCUUAUUACUGGGAUCCGGGGUUGGACCAAAAUUCAGUGCUUGAUUCGGGAAAACGUUGACGGGAAACGGGAUUUGAUCACAACCCGGGAAGCGUGUGUCUGGGAAAGAAAAUGAUUUUUAGGAAGAAAGACGUUCAGGAUGCGGGAUUCUCGUGCAGAGAGAGGAGCAGGAAUGUAGGAUCAGGACCCCCUCCCCCCAUCCUCCCCAGCGGCCUUUCCAUACUCAUAUAUGAUGGUUAUAUCAACGACAAUAGGGAAAGUAGAGGUGGUAAUGAUAAUGAUAGUUAUUUAUGAUGAUGAGAGAUGACUAUGGUCGAUUAUAACAGUGAUAAUGGCGAUUGUGAACCUUAGGAGAGACUGCUGUAGAAAAAGUCUUCCUUGAAAGGGCGAAUGUUCGGCUAAGCCUGAGUCACCGUAAUGGUUGAACAAAACAAAAAUUUAGUCGAACUCAAUCACAGACUCAAUUACGCGUCUUUAACUAAAAUUGUGCAUAAUAGUGAUAUGAUUCGCAAGAUGGCUGGUUAAUCAAUGCCUGACUGUCAUUUCACACAAAAAUCUUAUUUCACUUGCGCUCAAGGUAGAUUUUAUUCAGCCACGAAUUUGAUAGUCUUUGGUAUUAAUUUUGUCUGGACAUCAUAUCAUUUACCACCACAGUUAUGGUUUAUUUAAUUUUGUGGCAAAAUCGAACGUCGGUAAAUAUAGUCAGACAUUAUUCGAUGACCAACAGUUAUUUACAGCUCUGUUAUAUUAGCCUCCCACGCGGACGUUCUUAGGGGUUCGUCACGCGUUCCUGCCCCAGCAGACGUUAUUGGGGCAGGAACGCGUAAGGAACCCCUAAGAACGUCUGCUUGGGAGGCUAUGUUAUAUUGAUCAGUAAUGGCGAUGAAAAGUUCCGUUAAAAACAGUGACACUUACUUUGUGUUCGUUCCACCAAAGAUUGAAUUGUUAUUUUACGGUUGCAGGGUGCUCGAAAUAAAAGCAACACACAUUUUGCUGCUGUGUAUCCCGCGGACAGCACCAACAACACUCUGCCAUUACUUGAAAACGAGGACAUUUGGUGGUGGGAGAACGCCAUCGGCAAUGCCAGAACGGACCCAAAUUUAGCCAAGGAAGUUGUUCUUAUUUACAUGGGAGCUUUGGAGGAGAAAUUUCCUCGGUAUGAAAUAUAAUGUAAAUAUCCCUAGGGGACUAACAGGGAAAAGGGAGGUGCUCUUCACAAUUGAGCCCCGAUCGAACGGAAACCAGCACAGGCGUGGCUCGAACUCUACUUAACCUCUGGGAAGGGGCUUGAGCGGUUUAACUUCUAUUCUACCCCUAUUUCAUACAGAGGUUCACAAACAAUCCAGCGCAAAUUUAUAGUUUCUCUUAAAUCUGAUUUAGCUUGUAUCUUGACCUGUUUUGUUGUGUAUCUUUUUCUUUAGACGGUUUAAACUCCAGGAAAUCGUUUCUGUGGAGCAUGUACCCGACCCUCGGAAAGGGGAUAGGUUCCUCCUGGAGCUACUGCUUACUGAUAGCCGAACCGGGGGGCGGAACAUUUUGUUGUCAGAGCACGUGUUUAGAUCUUCAAAGGAUAAAAAGUUGUACUAUCCAGAAGGAUUCUACUGGAAAAAACAAGUCACGGUCAACAUCGUAGUACCUGUAAAGAACGGAGGUCGCUGGGCGCUGUACUUUAUUAAGAAUAUUGCAGGUAUUCAUACACCAGCUAUUCUAGGCUGUUCAGGAAGUCUUGCUUUAUUUUUUCCUCUGUUUAAUUUUAUUUGCUGAGUAGACCUCCAAGGUUGUUAACCACGUCGUGUAAAUUUAAUAAGGUGUCCGAAGGGGCUACGGUCGAUGGGAGCUAAUGACAACCGUUUACCCUAGCCCCCACCUAGGCCAUUGACAACCUCGUCCCGUCGUUAAAAAUGGAAGGGGGAAAUGCCCUGGGGAUGAGGUUUGGCCAUUGCUGCAAACUUAGCACAUGUAGGCCAUCAUGUGCGCUGAGUUACUAAGAGCAGACAACUUUGCAUAUUUAACGAUGCAAAAUACAUUAAGGAUUUUGCAUUUAUUGUCAUCCCCGAGAUGUUAACUGUGACUGUGUCACUGUUCAUAGAAUCACAGCCAUAAAGCAGCUUAUUAGUUUCACCUUUGUCACAUUUCCAAAACUCUAAUCUCUCAGUCAUUCACCAAGAGGGACAAAUAUUAAAUAUUCAACUAUUUGUCAACACGCGUUUUAACGAGCCUAUCGCUAAAAAACAAGUAUUUGAUAGAGACCUCACUUUCACGCCUAUACUAGAUCACGGCAUUUUUACAGUUUUUUUGUCUCUAACAGUAAGAAAAUGUAGGACUCGAAUGGAAGUGUAAAUUAUAAUUUCGCGGGAAAAUCAUUUCAGCAUAUACCUCUGAAAACGCAGGACUACCUGGAGUAUAAGUUCCUGACGAAAACAAUUAACGUAAAAGUUCCUUUUACUUGACGGCGAAAAAGCUAAAAAUCAUAGUGUCAGUGCGGAUUCUGUGUUAUCCAUGUCGGAAUAGAGUUAUUUUUUUUAGGCAGUUCUUUUUCUCUUGAAAUUUCAAUCAUUCACUGAGACGCAUAUGUUACAAUUAUGCCUGGUACAUGAAAUUGUUUCUUUUUUUUUUUCACAGAAAUAACUCGUCAAACCAAGGACUUGAACGUUCGAGUGAUCAUAAUUGACUACGAAAGCACUGACAUUAACAUAGAAGCAGUACUGAACAAGAGCUCCCUUCGGCAGUUUACUGUGGUGCGCAUCCCCAGAGAAGAGGGCUUUAAGAGAGCAGUGGCCCUGCAACUAGGGGCUGAGGCAGUGAAGGACCCACAUAGCGUACUCUUUCUGUGUGACCUUCAUCUGAAGAUCCCUUCUAAUUUGAUACCUACCAUUCGCAAGGUAAGAGGGAUUUAACUGGAAACAAUAUGUAAAACGUUUACCUAAAUAGGUAAACUUAAAAUUAAGGAUGUUCUCUCUUAAAGCCACCGCACGCCUCUCCUAAUUGAGACAGUGAUGGUGAUCGGUAAGAGUCGGGAGUUUCCUGUUUACUCCACAGACUACCCAACACUCAGUGAGGAACACGCGAGAAGCGCGAGAGGGGGAUGAUGGGAACGAGCGUAGAGCUCGAGCGGGGAGUUAUGGGAAGGAAAAGAAGAGAAAAGGGACUCACUUCCUUCGUCCCCGCUUUGCUUAAUAAUUAACUCAAAUAUCCCACAAAAAGUUAUCGCCGGCGACUGGGGACGAGGUAGGGGAGUUUCGACAAAACGAUUGACUUAUUCGUUAGCUGGGGAUCUGCGAGCUUGACAGAUAUGAACCUAUUUCUUGUUUGCAUCUAACGUCACGGUGGCCAUGCAUAUUGGUUGACAAAAACCAGUGAAACUUUCCUCCACUGGGAAUUAACAUAAGGGCCUGUUUAGGGUGGGGGACCCCAGAUAGGUGAGGGAACAUGUGGUGGGUCAACCCCACCUAUCAUGUCAAUAAAGACGAAAACGGAAAGCGGAAAUUGUUUUUUGUAUCCGUGUUGCCUAAAGUAUUAAGGUUAGAUUAAUUGUCAUGUCCACAAAUUUGGAAUAUGGAGAAAGAGAAAGACACAAAAGGAGAAAGUAGGCGACAGGCCAGUAAAGCUCAACGAGAAAAAGAGCGAGAGCUAGAGCUAGAGAUAGAGAGCAGAGCUAGAGUGAAUAGCGGCGGUGGAAAAUGACAAAUGCUAGCGGCCAACAAAGUGCACGAAAAUGAGCGGCAGUGAAAAAAAAGUGAACAAGAACACGUAAGACAUUUCCUCCAUAUAGUGUGUAACUAAGAAGUUUCUGGAAGUUUCACGUUGUAGUCGUGCAAAACAACGGCAAACAAAUGUACAAAAACUUAUGUGCUACACGUGCAAAAUGGCUUUUUUGUUAACCGUUCUCGUUGCCUUCGCAGCUUAGCAUUACACGAUUUUAUAUUUUGUUUGAGCAAACCAUUAAUAUUGUCGAGAGCUUCGCUUUAAGCCCUGGCUAAAUCUACAUAUUAGACAUGUCUAACGUACUUAACUACUUACCAAGCUUCAGCGGGGGGAAGGGGGUAUCUUGAUGAUCAGCGAUGUCCCUACCAUGCAGUGUAGUUUGAAUAAAUGGCAGAUUGUUUAUAAGAUUUGUGAAUAGAUGAGAAAAAUGCAAUACUCCGAAUCCUUUACCCCCUUUAGACUUAAAAGCCCUAAUAUUCACAGACACAUUCUCCAUUCUAACCUCCUUACAUCUCCUCAGAGAAUAGUUGAGAGAAUUUCAAUUGAUAAAAGAUCAAAGCCUUUUUCCUUAAAGAUCAGUUUUUUAAUUUUCAUGAUCUUUCCUCUUGAUAAUUCAUUGGAAUUGUCAGGGGAAUAUUGUUGUUGGUCACAAUUUAAAGGUUGAAAUUGUAUGUGGCUUUAAUUACUGGUCCUAAUAAAAAAUAGGAAUAAACUAUUGUACUCCAGUUCUAUAGUUAUGUUCAGUGCUGGGGAAAGGGGGAGGGAAAAAAGUUAUUUUAAGCUCAAGAGGAGGGAGGAUAAACUAAAAUUUCAAAUAAUUAAACAUAAAUUAAUGUUUAUUUUUACAACAAAAUUUAUAAAAUAUAAUACAUGUCUCAUCUCGUCGGGCUCUCGAAACGAUCCUUAACUGAUAUAUCAGCAAAGGAUCAUCUCCAGAGAUCCCGAUGCUCAAUGAAAGACUUCUGAGUCUCUUUGUCAUUACGCUAGGCUAAAUUAAUUGACACUUCCACGUCUUUUUUGCUUAACAACAAAUUAAAAAAACUCUAUUAUAUUGGUUAUAUACAAUAGAGAGGAAUAACACUCGUACGUAAAACAACUUCACUUGUACGACUGAUUGAAAUUACCGAAAAUUACAUAAUUAUGAACUCUAUAUAUCAGUCACAUGUCGCAAAGCUCGGAAAAAGAUUCCUUUUCUGCCAGUAGUUUCGCUAAAUGAUCAGCAUAUUCUGGGGAACAUUCUAUUUCAUCUUCUAAUUCCGAGUACCUCUCGAUGACGUUUAAAUCCAGCAUCUCACUCAGCCCAUGUUUAUCCGCAAGAUUGUUACCAUUCGAAUGUAAAUCUGAAACACUGUGCCAUUGUGUAGACUCCUUUUCGUUCAUUAUUUUAGUAAUAAGGCGAGCGUGAUCUGGUGAACUUUCCAAGUAUGAAAACUUUUCAAUCGUCUCCAAAUCCAGCUCAAAUUCAUCAUCAGACUCAACUUCUGAUUCUGAAUCAGAAACAGAGUCUAAAUAAUCAGCAUGACCUAACGGUACAAGUUGAAGUUGUUCAUCCAUAGACAGUUGGUCUCUUCUCAAUCUUGAAUUGGUCUCUGGUUCGUUUAUCUCCAACAAGUUUGCUAGCAGUUCCUCUGGUGUCGACGUAAGUUCUCUUUCAGCAAGUUGUUGUUCUGAUGUAUCUUUAUCAAGCUGUGUUUCCUCUGAAGAAUAUAUUGUGGAUUGCUCGCUUUUAGGUAACGUCUCAGUUUCGAUGAUUGGCCUUAACAAUCUGUGCGUAUUUAGCUCUGGAGACAAUUGCUUUGCCAACUGUGCCACUUGCUGCGAUUUGGGUUGCACUUCUGUUUGACUCACUGUCUGCACGACUGGAACCAUAUAGGACUGUAUAACUGGUUGACUCAUUUCUUGCGUUAAUGACUGUGUCGUUGACAUCACGACUGGUUGUGUCACUGCUUGUACUUUUGACUGCAUCGCUGCUGGAUUGGCUGGUUGCAUAGCAGUUUGUGCAUUCAGACGUUGCAUCACUGGUUGCAUUACUGAAGGCGUAGCUGCGUAUAGUACUUGUUGUGGAGUACCUGGUUGCAUUAUCCUUUGUUCAGCAGACGCCGUCUUUAACGGAAAAGCAGUUUCGCCAAAAACUCCCAUUCUAGAAGCCAGUGGUCUCUUAGUAUCCGCUAUUUCACCAUAGGGACUUACGAAUGGCCUGAAUCCAAACUUCACUUGCUGUGGUAAAGGACAGGUUACAGAUCUUUCCAUUCCAGUCGCUGGUGCUGACCAUUUAGCCUUUUCAUGCUGACAAAACGGUGUUGUCAUUGGAAAGACUUCUUCGCUUACUUCCAUUUUCUCUAGCUCUGUGACAUGUACUGACUGUUCAUCUAGUUCCAUUUCUUCUACGGCUGAUGGGAUUGUGAAUGGUGAUGCAGGAAAUGACGACAGGGGAAAAGGAAGAAAUCUCCAAACUUUGGAAUGUUCCUGUUCUGUUUCCAUUUCUUCUAUUUCUUGCUUUUCAGCCGAAUUCGUGCUUGGGACUUGUACAAAACUGGAAUCCCCUGUCACUGGACAUGGUCCAUAGCUAACUUCCAUUGCCUCUGGCUUUGGAAUUCUAAAUGGUUUCUCAACAAUCUCGCCAACCUCCAUCGGCUCUGGCUGCGUUACAGUAUCUCCCAGGACUAAAUGAGAUGUACUCAAGAUGGGCUGCAGUCUGGUCUGGACAUUCUUAAAACUGCUACCUGUAUCACUUCCAAUAAUUUUCUCCCCUGCGCUUGACAGAGUAGCAAACUUAGUGUUUCUCAACUCCAAAGGAUGCGGCUCCUUGAUUCCUGUAGUUGUGUUUGGGACGGCCGUGUUUAUUUUGAAUUGAGAGAUGAAUGAAGCAGGCGUUUGCCCGUCAACGGAAGUUCUUUCCUUCUCGAUGUAUGGCCGCUUUCCUCGAGAAAAUGGAAGAUCUUCCGCGUUCUGUAUUUCAACCGAAUGCCUGUUGACGCUGUUACAGGCCCUGAUAACCUCGGAUUCUGCAUUAACAUUCACUGAAGAAAGUGUAGUCCUAAUGUCUUUACUAUUAGCGACUCUGUUAGGUCUCUCUUUUGGCUCACAGGUAACUGUUGGAGUUAAGGCUGGUGUGUCUGCACAGGCAGAUGAUAUAACGCCGGAGGUUGGUGCAUCUGUGCAGGUGGCUAAUAUAACUGGGACUGGUUUAUCUGUGCAAGUAGCUGAUAAUGCUGAGCUUGGUGUAUCUGUGCAGGUGGCUGAUAUAACUUCCCUCUGUUUCUUCGUUCUGUUCACAGCAACUUUAGAAGAUUCAUCACCACUGGAGGGUAGCAUUGAUAGUAAUGGUUCAGAGUCCUUUAACUUGCCUUUCGAUGAUUUUUUCGAAUGCUUCCUUUUAAGUUCUGACAGGUAGAGUUGCUGACCAGUACUUGAAGAAGUGCUCAUCUGGACCGUCUUUACAGUGGACCGCGAGUUUUGCUUAUUGUUGUUGCGUUGCAAGGACUCGUUGGUGUGUGAAUGAAAGUCUUUACUGUUGCGUUGUGAUCCGGGUUUGAUUAUUGGAUUCUUUUUCUUGUUCGAGUAUUCGGAAUAACGAACAUGCUUUGAUGUGCUUGAUAUACCACCUGCUCUGACGGUUGAAAGAUUCCCAACACACUUCUGGUCAUCUGUCAGGGCAGUUGCUGAUUCUAGUUGAUGCGCAACAUUAUCAUCAGUAGACUUGUUGUCUUGCGGGACUUUCCUGAUAAUCGACGAGGCGCGGGUCAUUUGGGGGGAAGUAUUUCCUUGCUUAGCAGAUUUGUUUGCGAUAAGCUGCGAGACUACUUCACGUAUGUGUGAGGUAGAUGUUGCGACUGCAGAUCUCAAUACUCUAACUCCACUUGUGAAAGGACUACAUAUUGCACGGCCUGUCUUACACAGCACUCUAGUCAUAACUUCCGUGGUAACUUUUCCGUGACUUUGUAUGCUGUGUGUUAAAGUUGCCUGAACUCGGAUAGUGUCUAAGAUCGCGCUUCUUGUUGCGCUUACCACAAUCAUUGAGUUACGAGCUAACAUUUUAGGACUGUUCUCUAUGUUUCUCAGCUGAGCAUUAACGAACCUGAAAUAUCCAUUCCGAACAAUAUCAACCACUGCAUUGGCCAUAUCCAUCAAAAUAAGAGAAAUUUUUCUAAUUUUCUGAUUCCUCUCUAUUUGCCAUGAAGAGUAAAUACAAAUUGACUUCUUCGCGUCGUGGACAAAAUUCGUCAUUGUUGUAGACGCAGCCAUCAAGAUGCUGUUAAAAAGUACUUUGUUUUUUCCCGUGCUAUUCUCGCAGUUUUCUUGCUGCACCGUGUUAGUGUUCAAUAUCUUUGUACCUGUCUCAGGUGGAUACUCGCCAGUCUCGUUACUAUUGCAACAGUCUUGCCGUUGGUGAAUUGCAGGGUUUUUCGUUUCCGCAUUUACAUCGACAGACCACAGCCGCACAGAACGUGUUUUCAAGAUCGAAGUUGGGGAGUGGUUACCCUGUGGCUUUGUCAUCUGAAUUUGAUUAAGCUGUUUAUAAUGAUCAGUCAGGUCGCAACUGGUAUUCUUGUUCUGAUCAUAAUAGUCCAGUCCCCGGUAAUUGCCGAUCGAAUUCAAAACAGUUUUAGGAACAACGAUUUUCUUUUCAAUAUGCCCUCCAUAUUGAUUGGGCCUUAACUUUACACCAUCCUUGAUUCUCUCAUUUCUUUUUUCCAGUUUGUAGUUAUUUUCAUCCUUGUUCUGAAAAUCAAAAUACAGUGUCCGUAAAGAGUUGGUGAUACCUGUGGCCACUUGGCCUGUCCUUCGUGAAGCAUGAUUCUUUGUAACACGUUCUUCAUCACUUCUCGUCUGAUUAUUGCUGAUAAAAGGAUCUGGAAAUCUCACGCUGUUUGUCACCGCUUUCUUUGAAAUCUCCUUUUCUUUGAAAGGUUUUUUGUUCUUCAACAGGCUUGUUGUCUUGACUCGACAACUUUCAGGGCUUUUAGACGUAACGGUCUCGGUGUCAUUGCCUUGGAUGGUAACGUUAAUUGUCUUCUUUGUCCCCUGCUUGGUCGCAGUGUUAGUUUUCAAAAACACAAAUACCCACCGACCGCAAGCACAGAUCCUGUUUGCCGUCCAUUCCAAUACUUUCAUUACCACCACAAAAAUGCGGGAAAAAAACAAAGCGACUAUUAAAAACACAUUGUAAAAGAAACACUUAACACUAUCCAUCUUUGAUUUUUUCUGUUUGCAAAUCUCUGAAGAAAUUUCUUCAAUUCUUCGCUUGUGACGCUAUUCUAUGUCGAUUGUUUCGUCAUUUGGAGAUCGAACGUGCGUCAUUUUACGCGCGCGCUCUACUUAACUAAUCGCGAGAUACGAGGAGCCGAAGCGAAAGUUUAUUGAGAUAUGCUCAUCGCUUAUUGGCGGCUAUGAAAUUUAGUGCAUCCUUUUUAAACCCUUUUUUCUUUGUAUUAUUGUUACGCUUAUUAUUAUUUUUUUGCGUACAAGGGAAUAAUUUAAUUACAACGAUUCUCUUAUAUCUGUUCCCCAGGUAGGUACUUGUUAUAUGACUAUUACUUCUUAGUAAAAUCCAGCUAGUGGUCUAUUAUCAAUGCUGCGUUCUGAUUGGUUGAGCUACUACUAGACUAUACGUUACAGCCCACUAGUAGCGAAAAGCGCCGGCUUUUUGGCGACAAAAAAGGAUUAAAGUCUAACUUUAACUAGCUAAAUUUUUUUAUUCUCGAUUAUUUUGACCAACUAGUUGGAUUUUGCUAAAACAAUAUUACUCCUCUCGCCCUCGUGGCCUCUGAGUCAAUAGCCCAUUCGGCCGGCUAUUGACUCAGAGCCAACUCGGGCUCGAGGAAUAAUUGUUAAAUAUUUAGCCAUAACUUGAAGUGUUUCAACGUUUACUGUUUCGGGAGAAAGUACUUUCAAACGUUUAGAGUUUUUUUUUUGUGAAAGAAUAGUAUUUAGACACUAUAAAAAGAUAACUGUGCACAUGUGAAAUUAACGACCAAAAUAAAGUCGAAAAUUUUCGGUAGUCUUCGGACAUCUACGGAAAUCUUCGUCCGUUUUUGGGAAUCAGUUCGGUAGUCUUCGGGAAUCUUCUGAAAUAAUCCAGAAUCGUCGGAGAAUGGCCAAAAACUCUUUGAUAUACUGAACAAAAUAAUUCUGGUCUUCUUUGAGCCGUUUUACUGUUACCGUCAGUUUUUUUACUGCUAUUAUUAAAAUGCCUAAACUUUACCUGUUUCAUGUUACAAAACCAAAAAAGUGUUUAGUGUUAUCGAACUACCCCAAUUCAGACACUGUUCAGACCUUUUUGGAGUAAGGAACGCUCAUAACAUACCAUAUUACUCUUUGUUAAUCACUCAAAAUUUUUCAUAAGCAUUGUUUUCAGUUUCUCUUAGGAAUUAAAGUGGCCCCAAGAGAAACUGAAAACAAUGCUUAUGAAAAAUUUUGGUGGUCAGCAAGUACGCAAAUUAAUUGUAACAAAAGAAAGUUUUUACGUGAGAAAAAAGUUCAGCUCCUACAGGGCAGGUUUGGAACACUAACUACCUGUGAACCAUGUGCCACUAACCGUUAAAUCAUGUUUUGUACACUCACCAGCACUGUAUCGAGGGAAAGAUGGCGUUUGCUCCGGUAGUAAAAAGGCUCAAGUGUGGAUAUUACCCAGACCUACCAUUUGGUUACUGGGAAACCCUCGGGUUCGGCUUAUUAGCCAUAUACAAGUCUGAUUUCGACCGCGUAGGAGGAAUGAACGUUCGAGAAUUUACAAAAUGGGGAGGGGAAGACUGGGACCUACUGGACCGAAUUCUGAUGUCUGGAUUGGAGGUUGAAAGACUCAAGAUCCCGGAUUUUUAUCACUUUUUUCAUCCCUCAUUUGAAGGGAGUAAUCAAAGAGUUGGCGCUUGA